AGGCUGUGGUUGCGGAUGGAGGAUGUGUCGGUGGCGCGCCUGCCAACAGUUCUCUGCUGACAGCUAGUCAACACUGCGCCCCAAACUCCAAGCAACAGGCCCAGUGAAGAGGUGUGUGUCGGGCCAGGGGAGGGCGACCAUGGAUGACAACUCGUCUCUGGGCAGAGUGAGCGGCUCCACUGAAUCUGUGUCCACUGUAACUAGCGAAGAGUUUGUGCUGGUGCCACCAACAGCUGGGGGAUCACCGUCAAGCUCCGAGGGCAAGCCCAGACUAAAGAUGUCCUGGAAUGGCAGUGAGCAGCUGCAGAAGGCGAUGGAGGAGGUGUUGGAGGAUGAUGUGAUACGAGACGACCGGAGAGAGGCUGCAAGAGAAGAUGAGCGCACAGGAGACCCCCAGACUGCAGUCGCCUCCGCCUCCCAGGAACGGCCCCCAAGUCUGACCCUGGACCUCUGCCCUACUGAUGCAGGGUCAAUGGACAGCUCUGCUCCUGAGGAGGACAGUGUCCAGUUCAGCAAGCUGUCCUACCUGGGCUGCACCUGGGUGAAGGCGCCACGCAGCGAGUCGGAGGCCCAGAAAGCCAUGGCAACGCUGAGAGCUGAGAGCGCCGUCCCCAUCCCCGUCGUUCUCCACGUGCCAAACGUUCCUGAAGGAUGUGUCAGGAUCGUGGACCAGGCCUCAGGCACGGAGAUCGCCUCCUUCCCCAUCUAUAAGGUGCUGUUCUGCGCUCGGGGGAAAGAGGGCGUCUUGGAGAGCGACUGCUUCUCCUUCACCGAGAGCUACCGCAGCUCUGAGGACUUCCAGAUCCACGUCUUCUCCUGUCACAUCAAAGAGGCCGUUAGCCGUAUAUUGUACAGCUUCUCUACGGCGUUUAAGCGCUCAUCAAAGUCGGCACCAGAUGUGAGGGACUCGGCGUUGCCCAUGUCGCCGGAGGGGGAUGUUUACAGCUUCACCGUCUCCAUGGAGGUGCGAGAGGACGACGGCAAAGGCAACUUCAGUCCAGUGCCAAAGGACAGGGAGAAGUACUACUUCAAGCUGAGACAGGGCGUCCAGAAGAAGGUGUCGGUCACUGUUCAUCAAAUGAACAACAAGGAGCUGGUGAUUGAGAGGUGUUUCGGCAUGCUGUUAAGCCCAGGCCAGAAGGUUCGCAAUAAUGAUAUGCAUCUCCUGGACAUGGAGUCCAUGGGGAACAGUGCCGAUGGGAAGGCCUAUGUGAUCACAGGAACCUGGGACCCCAACAUCCCUGCCUUCCAGAUGCUGAAUGAAGACACACCUAAGGAUAAGCAAGUCUUCAUGACGGUUGCUGUGGACCUAGUGGUGACGGAGGUUGUAGAGCCCGUCCGCUUCCUGAUGGAGGCACUGGUGCGUGUCUAUCCAUCCAACGAGCGCUUUUGGUAUUUCAGCCGCAAGACCUUCUCAGAGACCUUCUAUCUGAAACUCAAACAGGGUGCGGAGCGGAGCAGUCAGGGGGACGCCAUGCUGGAGGUGGUGAGCCUUCAGCGCCACUCGGAGAAGACCAAUGAGGGACGAGGACGUCUACACUCCCCCACAGAGGAGGAGGAGCCAGAGGAAGAUAGUGACAAUGAGAUUGCCAGUGGCACUGGUGACGUGUCCAAAGAUUGCCCCGAGAAGAUUCUGGAGUCUUGGGGCAGCAUUCUAAACAGAUGGCACGGCAACCUGGCUGUACGGCCUAAGGGUCUGUCUGCGCUGGUGCGGACGGGUGUUCCUGAAGCCCUCAGAGCGGAGGUGUGGCAGCUGCUCUCUGGCUGCCAUAUUGACCAAGACCUGCUCGAACGCUACCGCAUCCUCAUCACAAAGGACUCUGCACAAGAGGGAGUCAUCACACGGGACAUUCACCGCACCUUCCCCGCUCAUGACUACUUCAAGGACUCCAAUGGCGAUGGCCAGGACUCCCUCUACAAGAUCUGCAAGGCAUACUCCGUCUACGACGACGAGAUCGGCUACUGCCAGGGACAGUCCUUCUUGGCAGCCGUACUGCUGCUUCACAUGCCGGAGGAGCAGGCCUUCUCUGUUCUGGUGAAGAUCAUGUAUGAGUACGGACUGAGGGCUCUUUACAAGAACAACUUUGAAGAACUGCACUGCAAGUUCUACCAGCUGGAGCGAUUGCUGCAGGAGCAGCUGCCGGAGCUGUGGUCUCACUUCCAGGAGCUGAAUCUGGAGGCCCACAUGUACGCCUCCCAGUGGUUCCUCACGCUCUUCACCGCCAAGUUCCCUCUCUGCAUGGUCUUCCACAUCACCGAUCUGCUGCUCUGUGAGGGUCUAAACAUCAUCUUCAACGUGGCCCUGGCUCUCCUGAAGACCUCCAAGGAGGACCUGCUGCAGGCUGAUUUUGAGGGUGCGCUGAAGUUCUUCCGGGUGCAGCUGCCCAAGCGCUACCGUGCCGCUGAGAAUGCCCGUCGCCUCAUGGAACAGGCCUGCAACAUCAAGGUGCCAACUAAGAAGCUGAAGAAGUUUGAGAAGGAGUACCAGUCUCUGCGCGAGAGCCAGUUGCAGCAGGAGGAUCCCAUCGACAGGUAUCAGAGAGAGAACCGGCGGUUGCAGGAGGCCAGCAUGCGAUUGGAACAGGAGAACGACGACCUCGCCCAUGAGCUGGUCACCAGUAAGAUCGCCCUGAGAAAUGACCUUGACCAGGCAGAGGACAAGGCAGACGCUCUGAACAAGGAGCUGCUGAACACCAAACAGCGUCUGGUGGAGACGGAGGAGGAGAAGAGGAGGCAGGAGGAGGAGACUGCACAGCUGAAGGAGGUAUUCCGGAGAGAGCUGGAAAAAGCCGAGUGUGAGAUCAAGAAGACCACCGCCAUCAUCGCUGAGUAUAAGCAGAUCUGCUCCCAGCUCAGCACCAGACUGGAGAAGCAGCAGACUGCCACAAAAGAGGAGCUAGAUAUUGUGAAGAGUAAGGUGAUGUCGUGUGAGCGCUGUCGGGAAGUGUUCAGCAAAGACGGUCCGCUGCAGAUGCCGGCCGCGUCGGGGGACAGCGGACCGUCGUCGGAGCAGGACGAGGAGAAGAACUCCCUGAAGUCCCAGCUGAGGGAGCUGGAGCUGGAGCUGGCCCAGACCAAACUGCAGCUGGUCGAGGCCAAGUGCAAGAUCCAGGAGCUGGAGCAUCAGAGGGGGGUUCUCAUGACUGAGGUGCAGGCGGCCAAGAACUCCUGGUUCAGCAAAACCCUGGGCUUCCCCAAGACGUCGUCGUCCAGCAACCAGACCCCUCCCUCACCCAAAGAGGGCUAGCAGGGUCGUGGGGGGGGCGGGAGGGGGGGGGGGGGGCUCAGUCAGGCCAUGGGGGAGGGAAGAGUGCUCCUCGAUGGGUGGGGUUGGGGGUGCCACACAGAAGAAUCUCACCAACACUACAUCCAUUUGCAACAACCUCCCUUACCACCACCGCCGCCGCCGCCGCCCUGGAAAUGAAACUGUAUUCCCUCUUCAGAGGAAGGGAGCCCCUCGUACAGGGCUGUGUGCCAGUGAGCGCUGUGGACUGCCCCCUCUAGUGGCACUGCACAGGAAUGGCCCCACGCUAACCCCUUGUGAGAGUGGGCUGUGGGCACAGGCAUUGGGUGGGGAGUGGGUGAGGACUACAGCGGAGGGAGGUAGUGCCUUAAAUGGCAGCAUCAUCUCAUGUUCAUCCCGUUUGAUUUACUCUCUCUCUCUCUCUCUCUCUCUCUCUCUCUCUCUCUCUCUCUCUCUGAGUGCCUGUGCAAAAGGAAAGCCAUUGCAGCAGUAGCAGUUAAUGUCAUCAUAGUGGUGACAGACAUUGUGAAAGAGCUGUGUUUACCAACCCAUCAUGAACCACAGGCUUUGAGCAGUAGAGGCCUUGUUUGCUUUGCACAUGUUGCACAGCAGUGCCAUCUGGUGGACACAUAGCGUUACUAAUAAUUCAACCAGGGCUUGGGCAGAGUAGCAACACUGAAUCAGGACAGGAAACCAGGAGAUUCCAGGCAGUUCUAUUAUUACACUGGAGGCUAGCUGAGGAUGUGGCGGCUCCAUUUAGCAUCAUGCUAUCGUGGCUAUCGUGGCACUGCUAAUCUGCAGAUCCACUCUACCGACCCCUGCACUACUUUUAAUUGAUGCUACAUGUGUGUGUUCACUGCAGGAGAAUGAUAACAAGCAGUUUCAGUUGCCCUUUUCAGCAGGAGCAUUAAUGUGUAGAGCACAGUAAUCUCGGUUAUGCUUUCUGAAAGGGGAUACUGCAUUUGACAAAAUUAAGUUUCUUUGUGUUUUCUAUACAGUAGGUAUAAUAAAGUAUAAUUGAUCUGUCAUAUAAAUGUGUUUAACUAAAUGUUGAUCUUUUUUUAAUCUUGUACAGUUAUUGGAAGAAGUGCUUUGUUAUUUUUUACUAUUUUGAAGUCGAAUGUGGUCUUUCUACGUGUCACCCACCCAAAAGCACAGAGUGUCAUGUUCAGUCCGGACCCUAAUGGUGGACGUGCCAAGUGACAUUCCCGUUUCACCGUGUCAUUCCCAGAAUCCAAGCUGCAUCCCAGUCCACCAUCACAUUCAACACGUACUCUGGCCAGUUGAAUAGUGUGUGUGUGUGUGUGUGUGUGAGAGUGUGUAUGUAUGUGUGUGUUUGAAUCACAGAUCAACCAUAUGGGUGCGCAAGACUUAAUGUAAUGUCUCACCAUUCCAGUGUUCUCCUGUCUGAAAAGAGUUUCCCUCUAUGUUUGAGUAAGUGAGUGAGAUUAGGGUGUCAAGAGUCGUGCCAAGAAGUUCCUUCUCUUCCCUGGCUCUCAGAAAUGUCAUUGACCGCAGAUGUAGACCAGAUUUGAUGAAGACCAGUGAGCUUGGUCUCAACACAAGUGCAGAUUGUUCUGCUUGAAAAAAAACAUGCAGGUUGAUGCCAUGGAAAACUAGUCUGGAUGUGUGAGAACAUCACGAAGGGACAUCAUGUGUACUCUCUUAUCAAUAUUCGACAACUUGUGUGGUCCUUUGGCAGAGUGAUAGCAGUACAUUCAGUGUACAAACAAGACUUUUUAAAUGUCCUAUUUUAUCAUAACUGCAUGGCCUUGUGUACACUAACAUCACUUCUGUGGCGUGAACACUAUUUUAUCUUUCAUUUAUACUGUUGUCUAAAAAAGGAGUAGAAAAUUGUACUUAACAAAAAAUGGUCCUGAACUUUUCGUUGUAAGUACACAAUUUCGCUUCAAAGGUGUCUGUCAAGUGAGAUGCAGCCGUUAUAAUGGGGGAGAAACGGAACGCUAUUCACUGGGAAUGCAGUGAGAUGCAGCCGUUAUAAUGGAGGAGAAAUGGAACGCUAUUCACUGAGAAUGCAGUGCAGCGUGAGGCUGCUGCGGGGACUAACUGCAGGGUUGGAGCAGGGGUCCUUCCUCUCUCUGCGUCCACGUGACUGGGAAAGACUCACCUGUGGGCUGUGCAUUACUUAUGUUAAUUCUGAUGCGCUUUUCUGUACAAUAACGACCUGACACAAAUGAAUAAUAAACCUGUUUGUCCUCA